AUGACCAUCCUCGGAGCGGAGCAGAGGCGAUGUGUCGGAGCGAGCGAGGCGGCGGAGCAGCGCACGGUGUCGCUGCAGGCUCAGGAACGGCGUGUGGGCGGCUCCGCCCCGCCGGCGCGCUCGGCCACGGCCACGCUCAGCGUCUCGCUGCUCGAGCCCGCCGAGGCGGCGCUGGCCGCGGCCGCGGGAUCCUCGGCGGCGUCGGGCUCGCGCUCGGCGGCGCCCGUGGAGCUCGGCGCCGCUGCGGCCGCUGCGGCCACCAACGUGUGGCUGGUGGUGGCCAUCUGCGCCGUGUCCAGCCUCUUCCUGCUGGCGCUGGUGCUCUACGGGGCGUCGCGCUGGGCGCCGCGGGCGGCCGUGCUCUCGGCGCCCGGGCCCACGACGCUCGUGUGCGCCAGCGAAGUGGGCAGCUGGUCGUACUCGCAGCGCCACAGCCGCAGCCUGUGCGUGGCGGACGGCGCGCCCAAGAGCGACCUCAUGGUUUUCAGCCCCAACUUCCCUCCGCCGCCGCCCGGCGCCGCGCCCAAGGACACGCAGCCGGAGCCCUCCGCUCUCCUCGACACGGUCAGUGCCUCUCCCUUACUCUGCUCUUUCUCUCUCUUCCUCUACCUCUUUUCUCCUCUGGUCGUUCUCUCCCGCCCCCUGGAUUUACAAAAAUCGAAUGAUGGAAAUAAUGAACUUGAACUUGUAUUAACGAAAUCUCUGGACCGCGAGACGAUUCCCGUGCAUCGGUUGGUGCUGACGGCGAGUGACGGGGGCCGGCCGUCUCUGACAGGCACCAUGGAGUUGGUGAUCUCGGUGGUGGAUGCAAACGACAACGCGCCCCAGUUCAACCAGUCGGUGUAUAAAGUGCAGCUGCCGGAGAGCGCUGCCGUGGGGACGCUCGUGGCGCGAGUCAACGCCACGGAUGCAGACGAAGGAAGCAAUAAGGAGUUUUCUUACAACUUAGAAAGUAAGGUACUCGAAGGAAAAACCAUGAUCUUUUUCAAAGAACUCUUUACCAUUGACGCCAAGACGGGCGAGAUCAGGCUGACGGGUUCUUUGGACUUCGAAGACAUUCGAUUACACGAAUUACAAAUCGAAGCGACAGAUAAAGGAACACCCUCGCUGUCCGGUCACUGCAGUGUAGAACUGGAGGUGCUGGACGUGAACGACAACGCGCCGGAGGUGUGGGUGACGUCGCUGUCGGUGCCGGUGUCGGAGGACGCGUCGGUGGGGACGGUGGUGGCCCUGCUGAGCGUGUCGGACCGAGACUCGGGGGCGAACGGGCGCGUGCGCUGCUGGGUGUGGCCGGCGCUGCCGUUCGGGCUGGAGGCGACGUUCGCGGGCUCGUACUCGCUGGUGCUGCGCGAGGCGCUGGACCGGGAGCGGGUGUCGGAGUACGAGGUGGAGGUGCGUGCGGAGGACGGCGGGGCGCCGGCGCUGCGCGCCAGCCGCGGGCUGCGGCUGCCGGUGUCGGACGUGAACGACAACGCGCCGUCGUUCGCGCAGGCCGUGUACACGGUGCUGGCGCGGGAGAACAACGCGGCGGGCGCGGAGCUGGCGCGGCUGUGGGCGCGGGACCCGGACGAGGCGGGCAACGGGCGCGUCAGCUACUCGCUGUGGGAGGGCGGCGCGGGCGGCGGCGGGGCCGCGCCUCCGAGCGGCUGGCGAGCGGCGUCGAGCUACGUGGCGCUGGACGCGGAGAGCGGGCGCCUGUGGGCGCUGCAGCCCUUGGACUACGAGCAGCUGCAGGUGCUGCAGUUCGAGGUGCGCGCGGUGGACGCGGGGGAGCCGCCGCUCUGCGGCAACGCCACGGUGCAGCUCUUCGUGCUGGACGAGAACGACAACGCGCCGGCGCUGCUGCCGCCCGCGGGCUCGGCGGCGGAGGCGGGCGCCGUGGCGGCCGAGGCAGCGGCGUCACGAGGGAAGGUGAGGAUGUACAAAGAAUUGAAUCACGCGCAGAGCAGAGUUUACAGCUGGGUCAUUUUGCUGGGUUCCAGCAAUGUUGGAUAUUUUGGCAGUGAUCCUGCAUGUGCCACUGAGUAG